GGUCCUCCAGCAGCCCGGACGUCCUGCUUGCUCCGGCCAUCCUUGAGAUCGCGGGUCGCUAGUCCUUAAAGGCCCCAGUUUGUUCUGCCGCAGGGUCUGUCGCGUUGUGAUCUGUACCGUUACCGGGAAUCGUAGGGAGGUCGCCGGGGGACCCAGGAAACCUAGGGAUGGACUCAGUGGCCUUUGAGGAUGUGAGUGUGAAGUUCACCCUGGAGGAGUGGGCUUUACUGAAUUCUUCACAGAAGAAACUCUACAGAGAUGUGAUGCGGGAAACCUUCAGGAACUUGGCUUCAAUAGGGGAAAUACGCAAAGACCAUGACAUGGAAGCUCACUAUGAAAUGCCUGGGACAAAUUUAAGCAGUCACACAGUGGAGAGACUGGAUAAAAGUAAAGGAAGUAGUCAGUGUGGAGAAACCUUCAGCCAUAUUCCAAAUCGUAAUCAGAAAAAGAAAACUCCUACUGGAAUAAAACUAUGUGAAUGCAGUUUAUGUGGACAAGUCUUCAUGCAUCUUUCAUCCUUUAAUAGGCACAUGAGAUCUCACACUACAGCCAAACCAUAUGAGUAUCAAGAAUAUGAAGAAAAGCCAUAUAAAUGUAAGGAAUGUGGGAAGGCCUUCAAGUAUCGCCAAUCCAUUCGAAGGCAUGAAAGGAUUCACACUGGAGUGAAACCGUACAUAUGUAAGCACUGUGGUAAAGCUUUUAGUUGUCUCAGCUACUGUCGAAUUCAUGAAAUAGCUCACACAGGAGAGAAACCAUAUGAAUGUAAACAAUGUGGUAAAGCUUUCAGUUGUCCCAAUUACUUUAGAAAACAUGAAAGAAUUCAUACUGGAGAGAAACCUUAUGAAUGUAAGCAAUGUGGUAAAGCCUUCAGUUGUCCCACAUCCUUUCGAAGUCAUGAAAGGAUACAUAGCGGAGAAAAGCCCUAUGAAUGUAAAAAAUGUGGCAAAGCCUUCAGUUGUCCAAGUUACUUUCGAAAACAUAAAAGAAUUCAUACUGGAGAGAAACCAUAUGAAUGUAAGCAGUGUGGUAAAGCCUUCAGUUGUCCCAGGUCCUUUCGAAGUCAUGAAAGGAGACACAGUGGAGAAAAGCCCUAUGAAUGUAAAAAAUGUGGUAAAGCCUUCAGUUGUCCAAGUUACUUUCGAAAACAUGAACGAAGUCAUACUGGAGAGAAACCGUAUGAAUGUAAAGAAUGUGGGAAAGCCUUCAGUUGUCCAAGUUACUUUCGAAAACAUGAAAGAAAUCAUACUGGAGAGAAACCCUAUGAAUGUAAGGAGUGUGGGAAGGCCUUGAGUUCUCUUACCAACUUUCGAAGGCACAUGAUGAAGCACACUGGAGAUGGGCCUUAUAAAUGUAAGGAGUGUGGGAAGGUCUUUGAUUGUCCCAAUUACUUCCAAUACCAUGAAAGCACACAUAGUGGAGAAAAGCCAUAUGAAUGUAAAGAAUGUGGUAAAGCCUUCAGUACUCCCAGGUCCCUUCAAAAUCAUGAAAGAACUCAUACUAGAAAAAAACCUCAUGAAUGUAAGGAAUGUGGUAAAGCCUUCAGUUUUCCCUGUUCCCUUCAGAAACAUGAAAGAAGUCAUACUGGGGAGAAACCUUAUGAAUGUAAGCAAUGUGGGAAAGCCUUCACUUAUCUCAGUUCCAUUCAAAAACAUGAAAAAGCUCAUAGUGGAGAGAAACCUUAUGAAUGUAAGGAAUGUGGGAAAGCCUUCAUUUCUCUCUCUAAUGUCCAAAGACAUAUGAUAAAACACACUGGAGACGGACCUUGUAAAUGUAAGGAAUGUGGGAAAGCCUUUGAUUGUCCUAGUUCAUUACGAACACAUGAAAGAACUCACACUGGAGAGAAACCCUAUCAGUGUAAAAAUUGUAGUAAAGCCUUCAGUCGUCCCAGUUCCUUACGAAAUCAUGAAAGAACUCAUACCUAAGGGAAAGUCUAUGAAUAUAAAGAAUAUGGAGAACCUUUGUGGACAUAUAAGGAUGCACACUGGAGAGAUGCCGUAUAUGUAAAGAAUAUGGAAAAGCCUUGAGUUGUCUGGUUUCCUUGGGAAACCACACACACACACACAAAUCAAAGUGGAUAAAGUUCUACUGAAUGUAAACAAUAUAGAAAAAACUUCACUGGUCUCGAAGUCCUACAAAACCAUGUGAGAAUGCACACUGGAUAGAAAUUGUAUAACUGAAAAAUGAGACAGAUUUUUUAAUUUUAACAAAUAUUUUCAAAGUAGUGUGAAAACUGCGUCGGAAAUAAGUUAUAUCAAUGUAAGUAAUAUGGGUAGCCCAGUGAAAACCAAGUAGGGUAUUCUAGAAAUGUCAGGACAUGAAAGAAAUGUCAUAAAUGUUAUACAUAUAUGGUCUUUAUUACUGACGUUAAGUGAUUCUCUGUAGUAUGGAGUUCUACUUACUUUUGCAAGUAAAUUUUGAAGUGACAAUUCUGUAGGUACUGUUUAAGAAACAGUUACUAAAUUUAAUAAGCUUUUUUCUCCUUUAGUCAGUAAAAUUUUUGUAUUUCUAUUUUGAAGUCUGUUAGAUCCAUGGGUGAAUGGAAGUAUAUUUCUAAUAUACAAGUAGGUUUAAUUUUUAUAUAAUUUUGUAAUUGACCUACAAGGAAAGGACGAUUGAAAAAUGACACUUUUGGUAUUUGUUGGUUUUUUUCCCUACUGGCCUCCUGUGACAAGUACUGAAUAUGUUUUACCCAUUAUAUAUAUAAAUUUAUAUAUAUAUUCCACCUUUCUUAACAGAAAACUAUCAUUUCAUUAGCCUGAAAGAGCCUUAGUUUGUUUUCCCUACCAAUAAAUAUUUGGCAUAAA